AUGAAUUAAAUUUAGUAAGACACUGAAGAGCCAAUCUCAAAAUUAAAUUAGUUAAUGUUAACGGAUGAGCCUAUAGGUGAAAUUUAAGAUUUUCUCAAUUAUUCAUUAUCAGAAGGUAAUUUCUCUAUUCAAGGUUCAAGAGUCAACACUAAUAAUAAUAUCCCUAGUUAAAGUUCAAAACAUAAAGCUCAUGAAUCUAAGAGAGUUACUUUUGAUUCUUCUCUAAGCAGUCCAACGAAUAAGUUUUUAAUGAAUAAGAAAAACUAAAAAUCUUUAGAUCCUCAAUAAUUCCCUUAACAAUAAAUAUUUAGUGUAAUCUAAUUUUGUUUUAUAAAACGAUUUAUUAACAGAAUAAGUUGGAAAAAGAAAAUAAAUUCAUAAUUCAAUCUUUAUUAAUACAAUAUUAUACAAGAUUUAGGGUCUUCUUUUAAUUUAAAACUGUUUCGUGAUAGUGCAUUGAAUUUGAAACCAAUGGUAAGCUAAUUUAGUCAAUCUUCUGAUGGGUUAUAGUAAUUUGUUAAAAAUAAGUAAGAAUUAUCAAUCUAUAAAAAAUAGAGAAUUGUCAAAAAAGAUAAAAAAAUAAAUUACUUAUCUAAAGACCUGCAAAAAUAAUUUAAUAAAAAAAUUAGAAUAAGAAAUAGAGAAAAUUCCAUUAAUUACUCCUGAAUCCAGAUUGAAAAUAGUAUGGGAUUGUAUAGUAAUGAUGAGUAGAUUAUAUUUUCUAUUUACAAUUCCAAUAGAUUUAGCAUGGGAUAAAUAUUAGAUUAUAUAUGGUGAACUAUAUAUUCCAACAAUUCUUAUGAUAUUAUUGUUGGUUUUUGAUUUCAUUUUGAGUUUUAAUAGUUCCUUUUAUUAAUUUGGAUAAAUAGUUAGUAAUAGAGCAACAAUAGCCAAAAAUGUAAUUAGUAAAAGUUAUGGUUUGGAAGCAAUAUCUAUAUUAAUUGUUAUUAUUUAUGCAAUGAUUUCAAAUUCAUCUUAAUAAGAAUUUAAUUUAUUAACAGAAUGGUGGGAUUUAAUUAUGCUAUUAUUUUAUGUAUAAUGUAGGAAUAUUCCAAAAUUAAUAAGUUAAGUUGAAGAAACUCUGAAUUUAUCAAAGCCAAGUAGUUCAUUAUUAGAAUUAUUUAAAUUAUUAUUAGUUUUAUUCUUUGUUUUACAUUGCUAUUCAUGUCUUUGGUAUUUUGUAUAUAUAUUAAUUUAAUAUUUCUUUAGGUUGGUUAUUAUAGUUAUUUAUAUUCAGAAAAAGGAAGUUGGUUAGAAUUUUAUCAUGUUGAAAAUGAAACUUGGUAAGUACAAUAUUUGUAUUCAUUUUACUUUUCAACAGUUACUAUGUUUACAAUAGGUUAUGGAGAUGUAGUACCAAUUAGUUAUUUAGAAAGAGUAGUAGCUAUUUUAUAUAUGAUGAUAUGUAGUAUUUAAUUGAGUUACAGUGUAAGUACUGUUGGAGCAAUUAUUGAUACUAUUUCAGCUUAUGGGUAAGAAAAGAUGAGAAAAAUGAGAAAAAUAAAUUCAUAUAUGUAAAAUAGAAAAAUUGAAUAUUAAUUGCAAUAUUAGAUUAGAGAAUAUUUAAAUUAUUAUUGGGAAUCAUAAAAUUAAGUUGAAAAUGAUGAACUUAAUGAAAUUAUUAAUUAAUUAUCAGAGAAUCUUAAAGAGAAAUUAAUGAAUCAAUCAAAUUCUUUGAUUUUAAAUGAAUGUCCAUUAUUUUAACAUAAUUUUAGUGAUGCUUUAAAAUCAAAAUUAGUUAAUAAAAUAAAAUAAGCUGUAAUAUAACCUGAAAAUAUUAUAAACUUUGAUUCAAUAUUUCCUCAAUUACCACCAGGUUAAUUAUUUGUUUGUUUUGUUGAAUUUGGAGAAAUUCAAAUAUUUAUUCAAAAUGAUUCAGUUGAUUAAGUACUUGAAAAUCCAUAAAUUGCUGAGGUUUUUAAGGUUGGUAAAGGUUCUAGUUUAGGUAUUAUUAGUUUUAUAAGUGGUAAAUAAUCUUAGGAGAGAUUUAGAAGUGUUGGAUUUUCUAAAUUAUUAAUGCUUUCAAGAGAUGACUUUUUAAAAGUAAUAUAAGAUUUUCCAGAAGAUUAUGAAAGAUUUAGAAAUCUUUAUGAUAGUCUAUAAUUUGAAGAUUUAAGUGUUUUACAAAUGAAAUGUUUUAGUUGUAAUUCAAAAUAUCAUAGAGUAUUAUAAUGUCCUUUAUUACAUUAUAUUCCUGAUAAAGAAUUGAUUAUAAAAAGAUAUUGUUAUAGUCAAUCUUAAAAUAGAAAUUCAAAAUAUGAGAGAAAUCCAUUUAGAUAAAGAGGAUACUUUGCAGCACGUUUUGAUUAAGAAGUAAUAGAAUAAGAAGCAAAUUCAUUUAAUAAUAAUAAUUGGAAAUGGGCAGAAUUUUAUGAAGAACCAGAAGAUGAUUCAUUAAAAAAAAGUGAUGUUCAUUAAUAAUAAUAAAUUGGACCAAUUUUAGAAUUAAGUAAUCAUAAUUUAUAAUAAUAAUCACAAAAUAUUAUUAAUACUAUUUAACCUAUUUCUGAUUAAUCUACUAAGAUUAAUUUAGAACCUCCAUAAAUAAAAAAAAAAGCUACAUUAUUUAAAUAGAGAACAAAGACAAUAGAAUUAUUAGAUAUUGAUGAUAAAUAAUUAAAAGCAUCUCUAAUGAGUAAAGCAAGAAACUAAAAUAUUUUCAAUAAUAAUCUUAUGAUUAUAAAAGAAGAAGAUAAUUAAGAUAAUUCUCCUAAAGAUAAAAUAAUAUAGGGUAGUUAAAGUAGAGCAUCUUUUAGUUUAGAUUUAUAUAGAAAAAGACCAAAAGAAAGCUUUCAAAAAAUGAAGAAAGUUGUUUAAAUGAUAACAAAUAUGAAUAGAAUGAAAAAAAGAUAAAAAUUAAAAAAGGAAACAAAAUCAAUUAUUAAUCAAUUCUUAGAAGUAAUUCAAUCUUAACAAUUACUUAAAGGAUUAUUAUCAAAAGUUCGAAUUAGAAUAAAAUAAAUAUAGGAUGGAAAAAAACAAAUUCUAUAAGAGAAAGACAUCUAAGAUACUAUGUUGUUAGAGAUUAAAUUAUAAAUGCAAAUUGAGUAAUUAAAUGAAUUUUAAAAGAAAGAUCAAAUUUAAGUUAUGGAAUCUUAUAAGAAAUAUAAAUACUAUUAAGUUUAGAAUAACUUAGACUAAAUAUUAGAAAAGAUGUACUUUUAUAAACAAUAGAAUACAUUCGAUAAUCAAUUAAGGAAUUACUAAUCUAUAUUAUUAAAGUAUAUGAUUUAUCCAGAAAUAUUUUUUGAAAAAUAUAGGUAUUAAUAGGUAAUAAUUCCAAAAUUUGAAUUAGAAGAAUCAAGAAGAGGUUCAGAAUAAGAUUCUGAACGUACUUUAAAGAGAAGUCGCAUGAUUAAAAAGAGUUUUAGAAAUCUAAAACUAUCUCAAAUCAGACCAAUGUCAGAUGGGACUGGAAAGUAUUAGAUGUGAUUCAUUAUAUUAAUAGAAAUUUAUUUACAUCUAUAAAUAUAUAUGAAAAUGAUAUCGUUUAUUUCUAAAGUUACUAUAGAAAGCUAAAUAAUUAUUUUAUGAAUAAUUAAUAGAGUAGGAACUUUGUUGGAAAGAAGAUUGAUGAUUAUAUCCUUGUAGAUGUAUUAGGCACAGGAGCCUUUGGAUAAGUAAUGCUUUCAUUGAAAUUAAUUUAGGUUUUUUCUGCUUAGAAUAUAAUUACUAAAGAAUCAGUUGCCAUUAAGUCUGUACCAAAAUCAAAAUUGUAAUCUAUUUGAUUUGAUUAUGUUUAGGAGAGAACAUAAUGGAUUGGUAGGAUAAUUAUUAAAGACAGAAGUUUAAGUAUUAGCUUAAUGCAGUAAUAUUAAUGUUGUUAAGAUGAAUAAGUAUCUAGAGAGUGAAAAUAAUUGUUAUUUAGUGAUGGAAUAUUGUAAUUGUAAAUGAAAUUUAUUAAACUAUUUUAGAAGGAGAUCUUGAAUAAUUGUGGAAGAAAAAGAAUAGAAUAAUCUCUGAAGUAGAGGCUAUUUAGUAUAUAAAAUAGAUAUUAAAUGGUAUGAGAGGGUAAAUGUAUUAAAAAAUUAUAGAUUGCAUGAAAUGAAUGUUAUUCAUCGAGAUUUAAAAUUGCCUAAUAUACUAAUCUCUAAUAAUGUUCUAAAAAUAGGAGAUUUAGGUUUUGCUAAAAGAAUGGAGAGCUUAGAUGGAGUAGUCAAAGAAGCAUUAGGUACUUUAGGAACUAUGGCACCUGAAAUCAUUGAAUUUAAACCAUAUGGAAUUCUAGCUGAUAUGUUUUCUAUUGGUGCCAUUUACUAUUAGAUGCUUUUUGGUGUACUCCCAUUCAGUAUUAAAAGUUAUAAUGAUUUCUUAAAAGAUGUUAAAACAAGUAAAACUCUAUAGUAUUAUUAUUAAAGAUUAGCCUAAUUUUACAAGAAAUAAUAUUAAAAUAUCUAAAGAAUCAUAAGAAUUAUUAAUUAGAAUGCUUAAUCCAGAUCCAAAAUAAAGAUUAUAAUGGAAUUAGUUGUAUGAAUCACCUUUAUUUUCUAAUUAAGUUGUAAAUCCAGGUAUUCAUUUUUUAAUUUAUUAACUAUAGCCUUGUGUUAAUUAACAGUGGAAUAGGUUGUAGCCAAAUAGGUAGAUUUGAAAAUGAAUAAGUAAGUCUAUUAGUAAAAUUAAUAAAAAUUUGAUAAUAUCAAUAAUUAAGAUAUGAUAAAGAAAUUAUAAUCUGAUGUUCCAAAAUUAGAACAAAAAUAAGUUAUGGAUAAUUCAAAUGAUGAAAAAUUAUUAUAGGAAGCUCUUUAAUAAAAAUAUCUUUAGUAAUAGAAGACUACUGAUUUAAAUAAUGUGUUUGAGAAAUAUCUUAAUGAAAGAAAUACACUUGUAUUUUUAGGUACUGUAUUAAAUGAAAUACAUUAAAGAAAACACACUCAAAAUACAAAUGUAAUAUAUAUUUAAUUUUAUUUUAGGUGUUUCUUCCUGCUUUCAUUAUAUCAAAGAAAUUAAUUAUUGAAAUGGAUCGUUUCUUGGAAAUUUUAAAAACACAAAGAAAUAUUUAUUAAUGUGCAUAUUUCUUUGAACUUUAUACCUUCCCAUAAUUUACAGCCUUUGUUAAAUUAUGUGAAGAGGAUUUCUAAAUAUAGAUGACUCAUUUUUAAGUAAUUUAAUAAUAAUUACAGUAUUUUAUAAUAUUAUAUUUAGAACUAUUUUGUUUCAAAUGUAGAAUUAAGCUAAUGAAAAAUAUAUAUCAGAAUUGUUGCCUGCACCAUCAGCUUAAUUUGAAGAGAACUAUCGUGAUAUUUUGAUCAAUUAUUAUAUGUAAUUAUAGGAUGAAAAGGGAGAAAGUGAAGAUUAAGACAAUGCUAUAAAUAAUUUGUCGAUUUAUGUUUUGGAUACCAUUUUGUUUGAUAGAGUUGUUAAGAAAUAAGUAUUAAAUUUUUAUUAUAUUUUAUAGCUAUUAACCUAGAAAGUUGAUGAUUAUUUGGAGAAGUUCAAUUUCUUGACUAGUAAAGAAAAAGAAGAGAUGAUUGCUUAAAAAUUUUAGCAAAUAUAUUCAUUUUGA